AUGAAUCAACUAGGUGCCUUAGGUCAAUUCUCUCGUUUUACUGAAAACUUAUCCUCGGAAAGGAUUAAGGGAGAGUUCCAGAAUUUACAAAGUAAAUUAUCAACUGUUCGUCCACCACAAGAAUUCUUUAAUGUCAAGAAUUUCUCUAAACCUCAAAACUUUGCAGAAUUACAAUCAAGGGUUUCUUAUAACGUGAAAUACUACCAAAGUAAUUAUGGUAUCAUUAUUGGUGCCUUGAGUGUUUACAGCCUUUUAACCAAUUUACUUUUGUUAUUUGUGAUAUCCCUAGUUGUCCUCGGUGUUGCAGGUAUUAGCAGACUUCGCGGUGAAGAUUGGGUUACACCUGUUGGUACCUUCAAAGUUAAUCAAUUGUACACCGCAUUAACCUGCGUGGCAGUACCAUUAGGUUUUCUAGCAUCUCCAUUUACCACUAUCCUUUGGUUAGUUGGUGCUUCUGCGGUUACCGUCAUCGGCCACGCUUCAUUUAUGGAAAAACCAAUUCAAGUGGUUUUCGAAGAAGAAACUGUGUAA